GCCUCAUCCAACGUCAGCGGGCUGGCCGGGAGCAUGUCAUUCGGCCUGUGGCGCAGACCCCAACUGAAACGCUCCACCACCCCCAAACCAACGUCACCUCGCCUCGACCUCCUUUUAUCCCCCGCGCAUCGCCACCUGUGCUCCCUCAUCCAUCAACGCUUCCCAUCAACCUGCAUCUCAACGAAACCGCAAAUAGACCAACUCUUGAACUACCCAUCGCUUUUCAGCCGACUAGCAUUCAGAGCCCAGGGGACAACAGGCUCACCCGCGCAGACCAGACCAGACAAGACCAGAUCAGCCCACGAUGCCGUCUCGUUACGAAGAACUGGAUACCGAUGAGGAGCGCCUUCCCGAAGGCAUGGUCCGUGUAGGCUACGACGCCGAUACCCAGGUCUACACUUUUCGCGACGCAGAUGGAACUUGGGAGGGUCCACCAGGCUGUCGCUACGGGCACCUCACCAAGGUCGCAGACGCCCCGAAGCCCCCGUCGAACCUCGAGAACAUCGACGUCGAAGCCGGCGACGCCGAUGCUCCACCCCCUUACGACCAGAACGAGGCAGCGGAGCCUUUCCUCGACCACGCGACUGCACGCAAUAACUUGAGCCAGAGGUGGACUGACGAUGCUAUGAAGAGGCACUGGCGCGCCGAACUGAUGCCUCUACUGAACUUCUUCUUCAUCCUGGCCUUGUUCCUGAUGGGCGUAUUCUGGUUCCUCGGCUGGAUGGCCAAUUCUGAGCAUAUGGUGCACUGCGACCAUGGCAGCCACGGCCACCAGAUCCAGCGAGGCGAGACGUGCUGGAGCAUCGCUACCAUGCACGGCAUUGACGUGGAGAAGCUGAAGGCGGCCAACGAGGGUAUAAGCUGUGAGUUGCUGCGGCCUGGCAGUGCGAUUUGUGUGCCUGCUAUGCCCAAGGCCUAGAAACGGGAUUCAGUUUGCGAACCCUGCGACUGCCGUUGUGCUCAUGCGCACAACGCAGUGUCUCUUUUCACUCUUCUCGCAGUCAUUGUGUACCGGCCACAUUGACAGGUGGCCCGCGUCAGGAAGGUGCUUUAGAGGCUUAAAUGGAUCAAUUCAAUAUGCGUCGUACGCAACAACGGACUACUAUGCUGCAUAUUAUCAAGGUUGCCAAAACAGUUCAGAAGACAAGGCAAAGCACUUAUCGAUUUGCCAGCUUGUCAGAUGCCAGACCGGCAAACGGAGGGGGAAAAAGCAUCAUGCAUCCCUACAGCAGUGGCCGAAGCAAAAUGACAAUAUAGCCUCUCCACACUUUGCAUCCAGCCCAGAGCGCUAACCGCUCGGAACGCUCCGCCCUGCAGACCGCCACAACGAUGGAUGUGGUCACGGGUCUGGCUAGACGGGUCCUACCGCAAAGCCACCACGGCAUGGCUUGACUAUGCUUGAAGGCACCCAUCCGAGAAGACCUCGGCAGGCCCUGAUUAUGUCUCUUAUCAAGACUUUUGGAUGUCAGCCUCACAUCAAGUGCCAUCUCGGAAUGUGGGGUUGGCGUUGGUCAAGACUCUCUGCUGUUGUGUGUUGGCGGCGUGGCGGCUUCUCGACUGCAGCCCCAGUGCUUCGGGGCGUGUCUCUCCUCGUCGGUGGGGUCCGGGCGGCUGAGACCAUGAAUUCACCUCUUUCUCGCCGAGAUCUGUAUAUUGAAGGGGGUGUAUCCCGCUAUGCAAAUGAGAAUUGCUAUUCUUUGCGCAAGCCGUAUUCAUGUGCCCCGUCCUGCGCGUUGGUCCACUCGGCACUCCAGCGUGGCUGAGGUUGGGGGCGAGGUUGGUUCUGAUUCGGUCUUAUGGCUGCCGAAUGGUCGUGGAAAAGCAAGUCUGCAUGGUGCCCACGCAGCGCCACAGCGAUGACCCUUGUCUGUCCCCAUCUUUGCAAAUUCCCGCCUUUUGACUCACCGCUGUCGAUCCACGGCUCGACUGCGUCUGGCGCCCUGAGACGAGGGGAAGCCGCAAACCUGUGGUCAUCACGGCGAAGACAAAUGCCGCUGGCUUGCGAAGCCGGUCGGACUCUGGAGAGGUCGGCCUUUCUGGACCGUGUCUUGGCGUGGCUCAUGCCCAUGGAAGCGAACACGCACAUUGCCAGGAUCUUUAUUCCCGCGACGACCUUCAGGAGUUCCGAACAAGCUGGCUCUCACCAUAUUGUGCAAGAGGGAUCGUGUUAUGAUAUCCUCUGCGCUCUAUGCGGCCCGCAACUCACACAAGGCGGCCGCACAUCUUCGCUAAUGUGGCCCGGGGUUUCUGGAACCAGGCUAAUGCCGACUGUUGAGGUUCGCGCCUGGUCAGGUGAAGUGUGAUGGUGUAGGGGCUACCGGGUGGUGUUGGUCAGAAAGGAAACCAAUCAUCUUACACGGUUGUCCAAGGCUGUGGGGCCGAGCUCAACUUCACAGCUCGGGCGGGCUUUGAAUCUCACUCAAGCCCAGCUGCAACAUGCAGUCGGACAUACGGUUCCGGAUUGGGCGGGUGAUAGGAGAUUCGGGGUUAUUGCCAAGCAAUUCCCGAUCCUGCGAUCGCUUCCAGGGUCUCGUAUAUCAUAAGGUCGUGUUGAAAGGACCAUGCGCUGAGACAUCCCCCUUACAAGCCAGACAAUAGCCAUCUACCUGCAGAGAUUGGACCCGUCAGAGACAAGCUUUCGGAGUGGAGGUGUCUCAGAGAGUUCCGAACACGAUACAGCGAGCUUCUGAAAAAGAAGACCCGAAUGGGAAAGCGCGGUUGGUAGCCUGGAGGACACAAAAGAAAAGAGCAAAGGAAAAGUAACUCCGGCACAUGCAUUGGCGCCGGACCUGGGUGCGACGCGCACACGGACCAGGUUCCCCGGAGCCCUUGAUCCCAUUGUGGGAGAUGAGGUUCCUCUGCUUGCUGCUGCAGUGUGGGGAGCAUUGUAUGCACGUCGGUCUAGACCCCUGGGGGCGACACACGCCAUCCGAUGCCAUUGAAAGGUUAUCGAUAGUUGACGUGGUACAAUGUGGCUGAUCACACGGGGGCAACGAUCCCAGUAGCACGCUUCGCUCUGCCUCGGCCCAGCACACCCGGCUUUCUUGGACCGGCCUCCUCCGAAAUCUCACUAGAUCUCCCUGCGUCAAGACCACAGGUUUAUUGUUGUGGAGAUAUGAGCUCGAACACCUGGCCGCUGUGUGUCUAUGAAUCGAGACAUGCCGGCGUGUGUGGCAGCCUCGGAUAUAUUCCAGGCCGUAUCUUAUCGAAUCACGCUGCCAUUCCCGCCAAGGGUGCUAUCAACGGCACCUCGAUAUUGUAAUACAGCUCGCCUCGAAAUAGGACUGAUCUUCCAAUACUUGAGGCCGGUGUGGACUGGAUUUGGAAUGCAGUGUGAUAUGGAGAUUACGCGUGUAACCGUCUUCUCAGGGGUCCACUGCAUGGUGACGUUCCUGAUACAUCCAUUUCGGCCGAACAGAUGCCUGCGAAUUCUG